AUGGGCGAUGGGUGGCUGCCGCCCGACUGCGGCCCCCACAACCGCUCCGGAGGUGGCGGGGAGACGGCGGCGCCGACCGGGAGCCGUCAGGUGUCCGCCGAGCUGCUGUCGCAGCAGUGGGAGGCGGGCAUGAGCCUGCUGAUGGCCCUGGUGGUGCUGCUCAUCGUGGCCGGCAACGUGCUGGUGAUCGCGGCCAUCGGGCGCACGCAGCGGCUGCAGACGCUCACCAACCUCUUCAUCACUUCGCUGGCCUGCGCCGACCUGGUGAUGGGGCUGCUGGUGGUGCCUUUCGGGGCCACGCUGGUGGUGCGGGGCACCUGGCUGUGGGGCUCCUUCCUCUGUGAGUGCUGGACAUCGCUGGACGUGCUCUGCGUGACGGCCAGCAUCGAGACCUUGUGCGUCAUUGCCAUCGACCGCUACCUGGCCAUCACCUCGCCUUUCCGCUACCAGAGCCUGAUGACCAGGGCUCGGGCCAAGGGCAUCAUCUGCACCGUCUGGGCCAUCUCCGCCCUGGUGUCUUUCCUGCCCAUCAUGAUGCACUGGUGGCGGGACGAGGACCCUCAGGCGCUCAAGUGCUACCAGGACCCGGGCUGCUGCGACUUCGUCACCAAUCGGGCUUACGCCAUCGCCUCGUCCAUCAUCUCCUUCUACAUCCCCCUCCUCAUCAUGAUCUUCGUGUACCUGCGGGUGUACCGGGAGGCCAAGGAGCAGAUCAGGAAGAUUGACCGCUGCGAGGGCCGGUUCUAUGGCAGCCAGGAGCAGCCACAGCCACCCCCGCUCCCCCACCACCAGCCCAUCCUUGGUAACGGCCGCGCCAGCAAGAGGAAGACGUCUCGUGUCAUGGCCAUGAGGGAACACAAAGCUCUGAAGACACUAGGUAUCAUCAUGGGGGUGUUCACCCUCUGCUGGCUCCCUUUCUUCUUGGUGAACAUUGUCAACGUCUUCAACAGAGACCUGGUGCCAGACUGGCUCUUUGUUUUCUUCAACUGGUUGGGCUACGCCAACUCUGCUUUCAACCCCAUCAUCUACUGCCGCAGCCCGGACUUCCGUAAGGCCUUCAAGAGGCUGCUCUGCUUUCCCCGCAAAGCCGACAGGCGGCUGCAUGCCGGCGGCCAACCCGCCCCGCUGCCCGGGGGCUUCAUCAGCACCCUGGGCUCCCCUGAGCACAGCCCAGGGGGGACGUGGUCCGACUGCAACGGGGGCACGCGGGGCGGCAGUGAGUCCAGCCUGGAGGAGAGACAUAGCAAAACAUCCCACUCGGAGUCCAAGAUGGAGAGGGAAAAAAACAUCCUGGCAACAACAAGAUUUUACUGCACAUUUUUGGGAAACGGCGACAAAGCUGUUUUUUGCACAGUAUUAAGGAUUGUAAAGUUAUUUGAAGAUGCUACUUGCACAUGUCCACACACACACAAAUUAAAAAUGAAAUGGAGGUUUAAACAACACCAAGCCUGAAAGUGAUCUCUGUUUUUGUCUGAUCUGUUAUGGGUUUAUUGAGAGAGUGACUUUUUAUAUUAUUUUAUGAAGGUACUGUAAAUACAUCCGUAUUAUAAAUUAAAAUAUCUGAAGGGACUUCUAUUAUUUUUAUUUCCAAGUGCCCGCGUGAAUCUGCUGUUAUUUUAGCACUUGUGUGUCGUUUCCAUUCUCCUCUGUGUGUGUUUUAUAACCUAUUUAUACUCUGGUGCAAUUUACUACUGUGUAAGUAAUUAGUCGAUGUGCAAUAAAUGCCAUUGCAGCACAA